AUGGCUUUCUGUUUGCUUGUGUGUAUAGCAAUUUUGGAAAUCUCAGGUGAGAUAGUUGUACCAAAAUGGUUGUGAAUAGUCGCCCCUCCACAGUUCACAUUGCUGUAUUCACUGAAAAAUAAUUACCUUGAAUUCCCUCUAGUGUCAUAGUUCAGACCAUCUCAUAUAUUUACAUCUUUCACCUAUAGACAGAAUGAAUGAUUUUUGUUGUGCCCUACUUCUUCCAAACAGUUUUGAGUGCAGCAGCGCAGACCCCAUUGAAAUGCAACCUGGGCACCAAACCUUGCAAGGAUGGAUCUGAGUGUGUUCUCUACCAGCAUGUGUGCGACGGAGAAGCCGACUGUAGGGAUGGCUCUGAUGAGGAGGACUGCACUGUCGCAUGCGAUAAUGGUAGGGCCCUGUUUGAAUACCUUUCAAAUGCAUCCAUCAUUCUUAUCUAUAAGUGAAUGGAUAGGUGAAGAAAUAGUUUCCACUCCAUUGCUUACAUCAAUUUUACUGUUAAAUCAGUGAUGUCCUUAAGGAAAGGGUGAAUUUUAAAGUAUUCGAACAGGGGCUAGGAGUUUCAAAGUAGUUAUCCAAGAUCUAUUAAAUCAAAACAUUCACAAUAACCUCUCUGUCCGUGCAUGACAUUUGAAGUGGUGUUUCAUCAUCCACGUAGGCCAGUUUCUGUGUGCCCAUGGGAAGAAGUGCAUUGACCAGAGGCAGGUGUGUGAUGGUGUGGCCCAGUGUCAGGACCGCUCUGACGAGAGCGACUGCCUGAAGCCCAUGGAGGGCUGUAUUCACCACUGUGAUGACAAUACCCGCUGCCUCCCAGACACCUUCCUCUGUGACGGAGAGCGGGACUGCCUGGACGGCACUGACGAGGCCAACUGUGGUAAUGCCCCCCUCAGUGUCACUAUUGCCUUUAGUUGAGUUUUGAAACCACCUUAUUUAUGGCUUACAGAAGUUGUAAGAUGUUUUUUUUAUUUUUUAUUUGAUACUAAGGUUUAGUAUUUCGCCCUCUCCCUAGAUUCAGACUCUACUGAUGAUGACGAUCUUGAAAAUCAUCACAAUGUUGCUGAAGAUGAUGAUGGCAACAAUGGGAUUACCACCUUCAUGUCUGCACCAGCACCCCUCAAGUGUCCUUUUGGCACUAAACCAUGCAAGGACAAGAUUGAGUGUGUUCUUUACAAUCAUGUGUGUGAUGGAGAGGCAGACUGUAACGAUGGCUCAGAUGAGGAAGAGUGUUCAUUAGAAUGUGAAAGUGGUAAGAAAAUCAGAGAUAAUAAAAAAUAUAUAUGAACAGUAGUUUGAAGUUUUGAAAAGCCUAUUCCUGCCCCUGGUUUUAUUGUACAGUACAGCAUGACAAUACUGCUCUUUCGUGCAAUACAUACUUACUGUAACAACCUUUUGCACUAACUAGCAUACUGGAAUUUACUCGCAUACACAGAACAUAUACACACAGAACAUGGUUUCAUGGAUCACUGUGCAUGAUAUGCAUGUUUAGAGAUCCAUCUUUGAAAUAGUCCUCACAGGUCACCGUUUUAUCACUGUUAUUGAUUGCACUUAAACGGUACUGUAUAUUCAGGCCAGUUUCAGUGUGCCCAUGGGAAGAAGUGCAUUGACCAGAGGCAGGUGUGUGAUGGUGUGGCCCAGUGUCAGGACCGCUCUGAUGAGAUGGACUGCCUGAAGCCCUUGGACGGCUGUACUCACCACUGUGACGACAAGACCCGCUGCCUCCCAGACACCUUCCUCUGUGAUGGCGAGAGGGACUGCCUGGACGGCACUGAUGAGGCCAACUGUGGUAAGUUUAACUCCCAAGGAACUACUAAACUGGGGCAUGUUGAACUUGAAAGUCCUACAAUUUUGUUACAAAUUAAAUUCCCCAAGCUGACCUGGCACUAUUGGAUCGCUGAAAGUAAUUAUGGUUAAUACUCUAACAGCGGCACAAACCCCAUACAGGGGUUUCCAUUUUACCUUCACUGAUCCAAUCCUGUCAAUUCAAGAAAUGUCCCUUUUGACCCAUAGCUGAUGAGAGCUGCAAUAGUGGGGAGUUCCGUUGCACCAGUGGUCAGUGUGUAUCCGUAAGCAUGCGCUGUGACGGGCAUCCUGACUGUCGGGAUCACUCUGACGAGGAGAGCUGCACCAAGCCCCCCCAGUGCACCACCAAGCUCCAGUGCCCACACAGCCAGGAGUGUAUGCUGGAGCAGUGGGUCUGUGAUGGGGAGCAGGACUGUAAAGAUGGCUCUGAUGAAAAGGUGGGAAUAUUUAGCCUGGGUGGAAGUCUGUUUCUGCUCUUGCCAACUCCUUGUUUAGCAUGACAAAUACAUAAGGAGUUGGCAAGUGAGCGGAAACACAUUGGCACCCAGGCUAGGUAAUAUUUGAUAUUUCUGCGUUUGGAGGAUGUAGACGUGACUAGACAGCCUAAUUCAUUUGACUCCCAAUUGAUUUUGAAUGAUGUAGUAGGAUACUAAUAUGCUUUUGCCUCGUGAUACAAAUCAAAACUUAGAUCUAAUACACACUAUAUUGAAUUCUCUUUCAGAAUUGCAAGAUAGUCCAAUUGAAGUGUGGGGAUUUCCAGUGGGCCUGUACAUCUAAGAGCCAGUGUGUUCCCAAAGCAUGGAGAUGUGAUGGAACAAAGGACUGCGCUGAUGAAAGUGAUGAGGCAGGAUGUGAGUAUCUAGACAGUUAUUCUAGCUAUGUAUGGUUUGUUAAUUACUGGAUUAGUAUGUGGUGACAAUUAAUCUGUAAUGGUGAAAAAUAAAAUAAAAAGCCUUUAACUGAGACGUUAUUAGAAAUAGACUCUGUUGGGUGUUUUUGUGUGUUUGCGCCUAGGUGGUCAGGUAGCAACAUGCCCCUCUCACCAGUUUCAGUGUGGUAGUAUGUGGGAGUGUUUGGACACAGCCCUGGUGUGUAACACGGUCAGAAACUGUGCUGAUGGUUCUGACGAGGGUGGCGACUGCCAAGCCAAGUGUCCAGACAAAGCCCAAUGUGCCCAUAACUGCUACAGCACACCACAGGGAACAGUGAGUAAUGGGGGGGUGGGGGGGGUUGUAUAGUUUGCUACAACUACUGUUACAAAGCUUCUUGAAGUACAGUUUUCUGGCUGUCAUGUUUUAGUUUUCUGAGGGUUUUUUUCCCCCUCCCAUGUAGAGGUGUGGCUGUAAGGCUGGUUACCGACGCCAAGAGGACUCUGUGUCCUGUGUUGAUAUUGAUGAGUGUGAAAGUGGUAGACCAGGUGUUUGCAGCCACUUGUGCGUCAACACCCAGGGCUCCUUCCAUUGUCACUGCAACCCUGGUUACCUGCUGGAAUCUGAUGGCCGCCACUGCAAGAUCACAGGUAAAAAUAGUAAGAAAUAUCCAGAUUUAGUGACAAAUCAUGGAACUUCCCUCUGCUGGAUGGUGUCUCUAAAUAAAAAUACAAAAAUUGAGGGAGAAUGUGCACUAAGGUGAACUGAAUUUGUGAAUACAGAGUGUUGGCUGGAGAAAGUACACUCAUGCAUCUGACACGGUAGGCCUAUACCAACCCACUUUCUUUUCCCACAGGUGAGCCCUACCUGCUGGCCUCUGUGCAGACUGAGCUGUUCCUGUUUGGGCUGAGAAGCAGCAGUCUGGAUGUCCUGGUGUCCUCUGCCAAGAAAGCCAUCCUGUCCCUGGACUAUGACUGGAGGGAUCAGAGGGUGUUCUGGGUCAGCUUGGAUUCAGAGAGCAUCAAGUGGUCCUCUCUAGACCAGAAAAAGAGAGGAACUCUUGUCAAAGGUUAGUAUUGUGGUUAAACUGACGUUGAGAAUCAGUUAAACUGUUGAGACUGUUAAAUGGCACAGUUUAUAAAAAACACAGGUCAGCGUUCACUUGGUGUAACUAAAAUGAACAUAAUCGUAAUCCUUUUAAUCUCGCUACAGGCAUCAAAUCUGAUUGCAUUGCUGUUGACUGGGUAGGGAGAAACCUGUAUUGGAUUGACGGUAUCGGAGGUGGUCGGAUUAUUGCUAUUGGAUUAAACUCAACCAUCACAAACUCUCUGGAUCACACAGUCAUCCUCGACGAAGACUUUGAACAACCUCGCUCUCUGGCACUCCUGCCACAGAAGGGGCAAGUAUUUUAUUUUCUAGGUGUAACACAAACAGCACCCACCCAAAAACUAUUUUAUUCUACUGAUUUUGUAUACCUUUGGAGAAAGGUGAUGUUGACUAGACUAAUGCAUGCAGCUAAACAGUCUUGGGCAGGGUCUUGCUUAUUGAAUUGGUUUCCACCUAGAGAUGUCUAACUACUGUCCUCAUGUUCUUUGUAAUAGUUUGUGUAUGACACACUUUCAGUAAUCAAUAAUAAAAUAACAUUCAUUUGGAUUUAACUGCAGGAUCAUGUUCUGGUCAGAGAUUGGUAACGAGGCGAAGAUUGAGCGGGCGGGAAUGGACGGGUCUGAGAGGAGAGUAGUGGUCAGUCACAGCCUCAGCUGGCCAGGCGGUCUGGCUGUGGACACACUAUGGGAGAGGAUCUACUGGACGGAUGAGAAGCUCAGGUGCAUCGGCUCAGCCAACCUGGAUGGAGGAGAUGUCGAGGUACUACAGAAAUGUUUGCAUAUGACUAGAUCAGACUUGUAGUGUGUUGCUGUAUGCCAAGGUGCAUGAAAUUAAAUCCACAUGGGUUGGAUACCAUAGAUCCCUCAAACUCAACUCUGGACCUUUAAGCCAGUUCCAAUGCUUUUCCUCCCCCAUUGUUCCCCUCUAAUCACGGACUGAUUUAGAUGUGGGACACCAGGUGUGUGCAAUUAAUUAUCAAGUAGAACAGGAAACCAGAAGGCUCUGGACCUCGUAGGUUAAGAGUUGAAUAACCCGGGCCUAGAUAAACCAUAUUGUGAUGUCUUAUCUGUUCCUUUCACUCCUAAAGCUUCUGCAGAUGAUGGAGACCACCAACCCUUUCUCUGUCACAGUUUUCAAUGACAUGCUCUACUGGUCAGACACCAAGAGGAGAACUAUUCAAAGGGCUCAUAAAAUCACUGGAAAGAACCGCCAAGUUCUACUCAAACGACCUGGACAACCUUUUGGACUGAAAGCAAGUAUAUUUUCCCCCAAUUUAAAUGCAUAUUAAUGCAUCCAUUUGGUUAAUUUCACCUAAAUAAGAUUGCAUAAUUUCAUGGGUUUGCUGUAAUUGCACAAGGAAUCUUCUUGUUCCUUUUUUGAGGAUGUAAGCUUAAUGAUUUGGUUGUCUAUCUGGGAUGCAGAUCAUUCAUCCACUUCUGCAGACAAACACUGAGCGUCCCUGUGAGAAACUUCGUUGCUCUCACCUGUGUGUGUUGGCCCCUGGCCCCAAAGGGGUCUGCAAGUGUCCCUCUGGUCUGCUCCUAGCCGAGGAUGCCCUCACCUGCUCAAACCUGGUCAACUCUGCCUUCCUCUUGGUGCUGUCUCCAACUGUUGUCACACAGGUAGGACUCUGGCCACUGCAGGUUUACCCAUUUCACUUCACUUGGUACUGCACUAUAUUCAAUGCCACUAGGUACAUGUUGCGUGAGUUAAUCAAAAGUCUGUCCUCUCAAAUGUCAUUUUAUUUGAAUUGAUUUCUAUUUCAGUAUACAUGGCAGCUAAAAGCUGAAAUGCUUUUAGGAAUGCUUGGGUACCUUCACAAAAGCUGUCAUAAUAACCUGGGCUUUGAAAGGCUGUAGAAGCCCCGUUGACUUUCCUUGACGUUUGUGUGCAAUUAUUCAGGAAUAAACACAAAGCUUCUCCACCAUGUAAUUUCACAUUUAUUUUGUCUAGAUCUACCUGCAGACCAUGCACAGUGCUGUGGGUCUGAAGAGCUGGCCAGAGCACCUUGCCCUACCUCUCCCCAACGUCAACGAGGCAGCGAUGUUGGAUUACACCCUGCGAGACCAGACUCUGUACUUGGCUGACUCCGGCCAAUCGUCUGUAGGCCUCUUCAAGCUGAAGGAGACCGGCUUGGUGCCUCGUGGCCAGUUCCUGCAACUAAAAGGGGACACCGUCACAGCCCUAGCUCUAGACUGGAUAACCCUCAGCAUAUACUGGAGUAGCACCAAGCAGCCGCGGCUGCAGGUCACCUCUUCCAGUGGGGAGCACACUGCUGUGUUAAUUCAGGAUAUUGGAAGUCUGGAGUCCAUAGCUCUUCACCCACUCAGUGGAAGACUCUGUUUUGCCAACUUGGCCAAGCAGGGGCAAGGUGCACAGGUGGAGUGUGCUCACAUGGAUGGGGUGAAGCGAGCUCAGGUGUGGAAGGAUGCUCUUCAGCCCACCUCCCUGACUUUCUCCAACAAGGGCGACGAGAUCUACUGGGCUGACAUUGGUGAGAAACUCAUUGUUUAUACAGUACAAACCUUUUUUAUAUCUAUAGAAGUGGUGGUGAGGUAAUACUUUAUUUUAAAUGUUUAUCAACAAGUCUUAUGUUCCAGGUGAUGGGGUGAUCGGCUCAGUCAGAGUUGAUGGUACUGGAUACAAGGAGUUUAAGACUGGGGAUGGCCUGACUGCAUUUGCUCUCAGCAAUGGCAUGCUCCUCUGGGUGACAGACAGUGGUAACGUGGAUUAUUAUUUCUAAACAGCUGCCUUCACUAGAAUUUAGUGCCAUGUUAUGUCUUACUGUGGUUAGAUGGCUCUGUUUAGUCAUUAACCAAAGAACUAACAAGGAUAAUGUUGAUCUUGAACCCAAAGUCCUUUCACCAUAACUUUGGAUUAUCAUGGAUGGUGAUUUGAUAAUGUACGUGUUCCUAUCAAAUGUUUCAGACACAACCAAAGUUUGGUAUAGAGAUGAUCCACUGACCAAGAAGCUUUGGUUUGAGGUAAACACUGAAAUUGUCAGUUUGAAGGCAUACAGCAAGUCCAGCCAGAUGGGUAAGAAGGACACAUUUGCACACCCACCCACUACUCUAUCAUUUACUGAGAUAUGACUUUUCAACCUUUACUCUUCCUCAUCCAUUUCCAGGCUCCAACUUCUGCUCAGAUGGGAAUGGAGACUGCAGUCACUUGUGUCUGGCUCUUCCUGGUGGUAGGACCUGUAGGUGUGCCCAUGACUAUUGGCCAGUCAAUGCCACACACUGCGCCCCAGACCAGCACUGCCCAGCUGGAAGCAGACCCUGUCUGGACGGGCACACAUGCUUCCCCCUGGAGAAGUUCUGUGACGGACAUCCCGACUGCCCUGACACCUCGGAUGAGAACUGCGAGUCCUCUUUCCAUUAUCAAUGCCUGGAAUUAACAAUGUUUCAAUCUUCCCUUUCCCAUUGUUAUGAGCUGAAGAAAAGAUGAUCAAAGUUCAAUUACAAAGAUUUUUAGAUAUAACUCUGCAUUCCCCAAUCCUGGUCUUGGGGACCACACCUGAAGUGUUUACUCAGCAUUAUUUAAAUCUGGUGUGUAGCGCUAAGGCAAAAACAAAUGUGCACCUCUUGGGAAUCGCUGUCAUAAUAUAACCUAAUUUGAAUACAAAACUGUUCUGAUAUUCUCCAUUGUGUCUCAGGUGUCUAUCUCAAAGGGAAGUCUGACGUCAAGGCCAAAGGCCCAACCCAGCCUCACAGUCCCAGCUUUCCUAUAUCUGCAGAUCCUGGCUCCACCACCACCUCUCUGGACAACAGUUGGCUGGUGAGAAACCUGGAUGCCCAGCAGUGUAGUGAAAAGCGCUGUAAUGGGAAUGGGGAGUGUGUGGAGACAAAUGGGGGCACCUCCUGUGCCUGUGGUCUAGGCUACAGUGGAGACUCCUGCCAAGACCAUCUCACCAAGACUACGCAAGGCCCACUCAUCUAUGGGGCCAUUGGUCUCUGUGCUGGGGUUGUCGUUAUCAGUGUCCUCGCUGCCGUUGUCAAGAAGAGGAAGAUGGCAAACACAAGGUACACCAUACCAAACUGCUUGACACUGUAGGUCUUCCCCCUUAAUGUUUCCACAAUUCAGUUGAAUUUAUCAAUCUAUUAGAUUUCUUCUCGUGCUGUUUUAGAAUCCUUUCUGAAGUGUAGCCAGUGUUUGUCAAGAUGGAUUGAGAUUAAAUUCACCUUUUCCAUUCCCAGGAGGGCCAACCCUGUGGCAAAGCAGACUAGUAUGACUGACCUGGAGAAAGGUGAAGAGGCUCCCUCUACACAACCUUCACCCAACAGCAACUUUGCAGAGGUACAGUAGGCUGUUAUACUGUAUUAUUUUGUUAAAGCAGUUGUUGAGAAUGUCAUACAAGUUGGAUGUUUUGCUUCAUAGUUUUGUUUUUUAUUUCACAGGAAGUGGUGUCGUCUGUGGAUUAA